CCACGGUAUCUCACGGUCACUCCGCGUUGUGGAGUGGUGGAGUUGUGGAUCGUGGAGUGGUGGAGUGUAGUGGAUCUGCACAACAAACCUCAUCCAGAUCGACAGCUCGACUUGCUGUUUCCAGGUGAAAGCUGUCAGCCAUGGGGUCUUAGGGGUCCACACUCAAAACUCGACCUGAUCGACCGCUCGAUUUGCUGUUUGCAGGUGGCACAGUUGUCCGCUGUCGGGAUAGAACUUGAGGAACCAACUUGGUGAGAUGACGUGUGGGUGACAACCAGCACUAGAGAGUAGUAGAGGCCCGCUAUCCCCUCUUUCUCCAGAUUUCAGGAUUUAUCGCGUUCUCGUCCAUUGCUCCUUCUCGUCCUCAAAACUCAUCGCGUCUGGUGUCACUCUCGGUCAAGCGAUCGCAACACCACGCCCGCAAACACCAUGUCUGAUACUGACAAGACUUCUGCAUCUCCGGAUGCUGGCUACUCUUCUCACAACGAGCAGGAGAAGAUGGCUCAGGAUCCCGAGCCGAAACUGGUUGACGCCCCUGCUCGCCGCCAGUCUGUCGCCCUCAAUAUCGUUGAGAACCCGCUGAAGCGCAGCUCCAAAGAGCAGACCACCGCCAAUGCCCGAAGCUUUGCCGAGGCGCACGGUAUGGCUGAGCACGCUGCUCUAUUUGGACGGGCCGCUCUCGUCGCGCGCGACAGUGAAAGAUUCGAGAUGCUAACAGAGCUCGAUGAUCAAGAGCGCGCUGCCCUCAUCUACGAGCGGGAUCACAAAUGGCACGGAUCGAAAAUGCUUUGGUAUUCGAUUGCCUUGUGUGCCAUGGGAGCCGCCACGCAAGGAUGGGAUCAAACGGGAUCCAAUGGGGCCAAUUUAUCUUUCCCUCAGGAAUUUGGUAUUGCUGGGAAAGGGAGAGAUGAAUGGAUUGUGGGAGUUAUCAAUGCCAUCAUCUUCUUGACGGCCGGUCUUAUUGGCGCUUUCAUCGUCGAUCCUCUCAACCACUACUUGGGCCGAAGAGGCGAGAUUUUCCUCACGGCUUGCUGUCUUACUGCCACCCCGAUCGGUUCUGCGUUCGCAAAGUCAUGGCAAGGACUCUUCGCGGCGCGAUUCGUCAUGGGUAUCGGUAUCGGGGCAAAGAACGCAACGGUCCCCAUCUACUCGGCCGAGAUGGCUCCCGCUCGAAUUCGAGGCGCCCUCGUCAUGUUCUGGCAACUUUGGGUUGUGGCUGGUAUCUUUUUGGGCUUCGCUGCCAACGUGAUUGUCAAAGACACUGGCCGCAUUGCUUGGCGUCUCCAACUCGGUUCAGCCUUUAUUCCAUCCUUCAUCCUCGGCGCUGGCAUCUUCUUCUGCCCUGAGUCCCCUCGUUGGCUCAUGAAGCAUGGGAAGAUUGCUCAAGGCUUCCAAUCGAUGGCGCGCUUGCGUGCUCAUCCCAUCAUCGCUGCAAGGGACUACUACUACUCGUACAUUAUCUUCCAGGAGGAAAUCAAGGUGGCAGGUGGACUAGGCUACUUCUCCCGGCUACGGGACUGCUUCACCGUACCUAGGAUCAGGCGAGCAAACUACGGUGCCUCGACUGUCAUGAUUGCUCAGCAGAUGUGCGGUAUCAACAUCAUCUCUUUCUAUAGUUCAACAAUCUUUGAAAGAGUCGGCUACACACCAACACAGGCCUUGUACGCAUCUCUUGGUUAUGGUGCUGUCCAGGUCGUGUUCACCAUCCCUACUCUGUUCCUCAUCGAUACCAAAGGCCGAAGAACCCUGACUUUGAUUACUUUUCCCCUCAUGUGUAUCUUUCUGUUAGCUGCUGGUCUGUCUCUUCUGAAACAUACGGGUAGCCGUGGCGAACAAAUUGGACCAGUUGUGUUAUUCGUCUACCUCUUCACCAUCUGCUACUCCUUGGGAGAAGGACCAGUCGCUUUCCAGUACUCUGCCGAGGUGUUCCCCACCAUUCAGCGAGAGCAAGGAAUGGCUUGGGCCGUUUGCAUCAAUAAUACUUUCGCCGGUAUCCUCAGUCUAACCUUCCCUCGAAUGCAGACCGUCAUGACUCCAACUGGUGCUUUCGGUUUCUAUGCUGGGCUCAACCUCAUCGCUUGGUUCAUGAUCUUCUGUUUCGUUAGAGAAACCAAACAGCUCACCCUGGAAGAGAUCGACCAGGUCUUCUCGGUCCCAACGAAGAGUUUCCUCCACUAUGAGUUGACCGUGUGGCUUCCUUAUUUCUUCAAGAGGCACAUCUUCCGACAGAAGAUCGCGAAGCCACCGCCAAUCAUCGAGAAGGCCGACCUUAUUGAAGAUGUCCACGGCGAGUAAGCUAUCAACCAGAAGCUGAAGACGGAGGUGUGGUGGAAGGGAUAAACGUGGUAUAAGAACCACAAGCACUGUGGUGGCGGUGCAUCGCCUACUUGUUUUUGAUUAGCUGCUGUGGACAGGAACUUCCCACAUAAAAGCACCUGAUGUACAGCCUUUAUAAUAGCUAGAGUUUUGCCGGCCUUUAGAGGGCGCGCAACUUAUAAGAGAACUUACCACUUUUUGCGC